AACCGAAGAUGAUGUCAAAAUCCUCGAAAACAGUAACACCACAGAGGAACUGCGAGCGAAACGAUGUCCAUGGUACAAUUCAUUGACCUCCAGCAGCCUCGAGGCCCCCAACCCUCGGUGCGAAACCGCAAUGCUUCCCUCCGCAAGCGCCUCGUUCAAGUGGAGCAUGAGCGCAUCAAACAUAUGGAGACCGUUAUCUCGUUCAACCAAUCCCGACACGAGGGCUUUCUUGUGAAUCUCGAGGACAAAAGGCGACGGUGGGCGACCAAGAUGGACAGAUUGUACGUGCAGCUGAUCAAGGCGGACGCAAGUGCGGAAGGGAAGCUGCUGGAGCGGAGGGAGUCGCUGCUUGCGGCGCGCGACGACAUCGCGCAGCUGGAACAGCAGUGCCGGGCGUAUGCGAGGGAAAUCGCGGACAAGCGGAAGGAGCUGGCGAGUCAGGGUUGGGAGCUCGAUAUUUUCAGGUGCGGCCCAUUUCUGGAUGUGUUCAUUACUUUGAUUCGGUGGAUGCUCCGGGCAUACAAGUUGUUGUUCAAGGAACGGUGGCGGCUGCGGCUGCGGCUUCGGCUGCAGCAGAAGGUGUUUUCGUUGAUGAAGUUACCUGGAGAACUUCGGAUGGACAUCUACAGAGCUUGCUUGAUCUCGCCACACCCGAUCGACUUUUGGCCAAUUCUCCCUCGUAAGCCGUGGAGGAACCACGUCACCCGCCAGGACAUGAUCAAACGGUCCACUAAGCCCCUCAAUGUCACUUUACUCCGCCUAUCACGGCAGGUCCAUGCUGAAGCCAUCGGCAUUCUGUAUGGCUGUAAUGAAUUCCGUUUCUCGGACACGGGCGGUUGGUCGAUGCUGUGCGGCUUCCUCUGGCACAUUAACACGAACUGCCAGUAUCUGACCAAUGUCUCCGUCAACUAUCCGGAAUGGUGCUCCGUGGGCAAGUGGCAGUGGACGAAUCCGCUAGAAAGGGACGGCGAUGACUUCCCCGAAAUGAAUGCCAUACUAGAUCGCCUGAAGAUUCCAAAGCUCGGCGAACCUAUAGGGCCAGAUCAGGAUGGGUUGCGUGCGUAUGAAACUGCUUGCAAUAUCCUGGCUAAGCUCCCCGCUCUGAAGGAACUCAAUCUCGUAGUUCCUUACUACGCAAAGGUUAUGAAACUCUCGUUUUCAGCGGUACUUGAUGUACCAGUUCGGACGAGAAAGCCUAAUGUGGGUGUAGUGAACGGCGGUGUACCGGAGCUGAAACGAACAGUCAUAUUCCUCAAAAAGCAUCCUCAGCAAACAAACGGUGGUCUUCCAUUCUGGACGUAUAUCGACAACGACGUACUGAUGGGUAGGGUGUGGUUGCUAGAUGAAUGUCGUCGUCGAGCAAUCCCGGUCGCUUUCGCCAAGUAUGGGGAUUUUGAAGACCGAACGUCAUACAUCUCUGAGGCUCAACUUGACAUGGAGGAGAGAAAACGUGCUAGGCAUCCGACGAUGAGAAAGCGGUGUUUGCUGCGCAGGCUGCUUGGGAUGCUGCUUGGGAUGCUUAGGAGGUAGAUUCUGAUCGGCAUUCUUCGGAAUGACCUUGCGGAUCGCAAAACGCCUAGAAGAG